AUGGCGUUCGAGCACAGGCCCUUCAUACCCACACGGAUUGCAGAGCAAACGGCUCUUGCGCCCAGUGCCUACGCCUUCCAGAGACGCCUGGCCCUGCUGGCGAUCUUCGGCUUGCUGGCUGGAGCAGCUGCUGGUGCUUGGCUCCUGGUGAAACUGUUGCUGAAGCCCUUCCACCUUCAAGAACCAGGAAUCCCCCUGCACACAGAAGCUGCUGCGGCAAAGUGCACCAGCACUAUGAGAGGAGAGGAGAAGAGCCCCGGACCGCCCUUGGGAAGUGCCAGUGGCGAGAGAGGACGACUGUCCCCGGCAUCAUGCAGGCCCGGGCUUGGAAAGGCCCCGGGACAUGAGCAAGCUGCUUCUCCAAUCCUUUCAGUGUUUUUCAGAGUAAACAGAAGCAACUUCUUGUUAGAGGUUCAGGUGGAAGGUCGCUCCAGCUGGCUUCUGUUGUGCCAUGAGAACUGGGACGUCUCCCUGGGGACAAAGUUCUGCAGGCAGAUGGGUCACAGCGGACUCGCCCAUCACAAAGGGGUGAACCUCACGGACGUGAAGGUGAGCAGCUCCCAAGAGUUUCUUCAGAUUGUGCCCAACUGGAAGAAGAGCGCCAAAGAUGGGUGGCAGAUCAGGAGCAGAUGCCCUUCGGGUCGAAUUGUGGCUCUGAAGUGUUCUGAGCAUGGCACCCACUCCAUGGCAUCCCGGAGACGCUGGCCCUGGCAGGUCAGCCUUCGUCUUGACGCCACCCGGGUCUGCGGAGGCGCCGUGGUGUCAGCCAGAUGGAUAGUCACAGCUGCUCACUGCGUUGACCGGCCCCUCCUGCUUUCCAGCUGGUCGGCCCUGGUCGGGCUGGAUGCCCACUCCGGUGGGGAAGUGGAGAUGGUGGUGCCCCAUCCCGGUUACGACAGCAGGCGCCACGACGACGACAUUGCUCUGCUGAAGCUGAAGGAGCCGCUGCGUUUCUCCGAGACUGUCCGGGCUGCUUGCUUGCCUCAGCGCCCUUUCGACCACCUCGACAACGGCUCCUGCUGGAUCUUGGCGCAAGACAACUCAUGGCUGGAAAACGGUAAACAUCCACCAGGAGGCUGGCCAGCCCUGUCCUUCACCCGUGAGGAGGAGCUGCCGCCCGGUGAGCGAGGAAUUCCACACCAAAACCGUUGCCCGGAUGCACAUUCAGCCAGGGAGAUGUGAAAAGGCCACUGUUCUUUACCAUUUUGAAAGUACGGCUCAGCUUUUCCCCAGAAAAUACCUUUAUCCA